GCCACGAUAGCGUAUUCCUAUCCGAUUGUCAAUGUUUACUGUUUUCUAGUUCGAUCUUACUCUUAGUAUCUAUACCAAAUAAAUCAUCGAGAAAUGGCAGGUCAGGCGUGGCAGAUGGACAAUCCUGAGCUUUUGCAACAGAUUGCUCUGAUAGGAUAUCUAAAUAAGACGGAAGGAAGUGAAAAGUUGUUGAGCAUUAUUACUAAGGCCAGGGUGUUUACCGAAGUAUACAACCGAGUGACUGGACAGAGGGAGAUUGAUGCAGCCAGGGAGGCAUGCAUACUAGCAAUUGUUGACUAUAUAAAGAAGCAUCCACGUGCAUCAAAAGAUGAAAUGGCAAAAGAGAUUCAGAAGCAAGUACAGAAUUUUGCCAUUAUUGUCAAAGCUUUAUCCUAGUUUCUGACACUUUAUGUAAAAAUAUUUAAAUACUAUUUUAAACAUGAUAGCCUAUAUAUACUGUGUCUGUGUACUGUAACCAUUACAUUAAAAAUCGUUACUAUGAGAGUUAUACUACACUUAUAAUAUAACCCUAUAUCACGUUUAGUGUUAAUUUUAUCAUCAAAAAUAUAAAUUUAAACUUUAAAGAAAUCUUUUUGCUUUCAUCUUCAUCAGUCUGUAGAUUAUAUUAUAGAGGGUGAUUUCAGUAGUUUAGAUUAUAGUUAAUACAUUCAUGAAUUUAUAUUUUCGCGUAGCCAUUCAUUAGUAAAAAAUGUAUUUUUAAUCACUAUCUGUAAUCACAAAAUCAAAGUAAUUAUAUAAAUCAGUUUACACGUAAUAUAUGUAGUAAACCAGUGUGUAUUUGAUAUGGUAACAAGGAAUAAAACUUCAAUUUGUACAUAAACCCUACA